AUGUACCCCAAAGCCACAGAGGCCCUAAAGAGGUGCAACAAGUGCAGAAGAAAUUUUUCUGCUCUAUUAAUAUUUUCGCAGUGGUUGAAAUUUGAUGAUGCUAUAUUAGGAGCCAUUUCUAGUGGAAGUAAAAUAUGCGGAGGAAUUGUUUUUAUCUUGGCAGAGAAGUCUUUCUUAUUCUAUAUAGCAUCUCGAUCGAUAAUAACAAAGUUAGUUGACGAGAAAGAUUUAGGUAAAGUGAAUUCUUUACUUGGGGUCGCCGAAUCUAUAACGAUUUUGUUAUAUGUACCUGUGUACAGCGCUCUCUAUACAGCGACACUUAACAUAUUCUCUGCGUCAUUUUACGUUGGAAUUUUCUUGACGAUACCUGCAAUCUUGUUGUAUUCGUGGCUGUAUUUCAACAGAAACAACCGUUUUAUGGGAGAAGAAAUGAAAGUUACUGAAUAUGAAUCUGUUUUACGAAGGGGCCAAAGUUAGAAAUGAAAUAUCCUGUGAAUAUACUGGAGCAUAAAUACAGUUUUUCGUUUA